CCUCUCCUCCAGGUUAUUCCUUGAGGAUGCACAGGUAGGCAGCACUUUUUGGGAUCAGAGCCACUACCCCAAAAGGCACCAGGAACUACAUCAAGAAAGUUUUUGGAAUUUUUAAGUCUUUUGGAACUUUUUCCACACCUUCAUCAUCACCAUCUUUUACUUUCUGAAGUUAAACGAUGGCCAAUUCGGGUAUACAGCUUCUCGGCUUCACGCUGGCCUUCCUGGGCUUCAUAGGCUCGAUAGCAUCCACAUGCAUGGUGGAAUGGAAAGCUUCGUCCUACGCAGGAGACAAUAUCAUCACAGCUCAGGCGCUGUAUGAAGGGCUUUGGAAGACCUGUGCAUCACAGAGCACUGGUCAAAUUCAAUGUAAAGUGUAUGAUUCACUUCUCCAACUACCAGGGAUUAUACAGGGCACACGAGGGCUGAUGCUGUGCGCCAUCUUGCUGAGCUUUAUUUCUAUCUUGGUGGAGAUGGUGGGCAUGAGGUGCACAACCUGUAUGGCAGAACAACCGGAGCAGAAGGACAAAGUGGCUCUAGCUGGAGGGGUCAUCUUCAUUAUUGCUGGUCUGCUUUCUCUGGUUGGAACAUCUUGGUAUGGCAACAGAAUAGCGCAGGACUUCUACAACCCAUUAACUCCAACUAAUUCCAAGUUUGAAUUCGGAAGUGCCCUGUUUGUUGGAUGGGGAAGUGCCGCUCUCCUCAUUAUAGGAGGGGCCUUCCUUUGCUGCAACUGCUCCACCAAGGGCUCAGGGAAACCUCCACGCUACCCACAGUCUGCCUCGGCAAGCCAGCCAGGCAAGAACUAUGUCUAGGACAAUCACGCCAUCCAGCCUCUGCUCAAGGAAGAACGCUGUGUUUGCAAGGAGUUGUCAUCCAGAUUUGUUUAAUGUUUUGCAACAUGUAUAUUUGUAUGUUGGUGUUAUCUUUGGUGGUUAUAUUUGUUGGGAAAUACACUACUGUUUAUUGGUGGUCCAUAGAUCCAAAAGAAAAAUAUUUGGCAUCCCUUUUGUUAUUGAUACUGAACCAAGCAAGUGAUGUGAAGGUGGUCCUGCUGGAGGCUUAAAUGCUGACCAUGUAGAUGCAACAGACCCUGUUUUGAGUCCAGAUUGGGACUGUAUCUUUCCCAUUUGUCUCUCUCCUAUUAUUUCCUACAGUAUCUCUCUGCUCUGCCCUAUAUAAUAAGGGAGGAAGGGCCCAAUGUAAAAGACUUGGAUGAAUACAUAAUUUCUACAUUUUCAUGUAUAAUGUUACAUCCUAUUCCCCGCGACCCUGUACACAGAUUAAACGGUUGAUAGAGAGUGAGUGAGUGAGUGAGUGAGUGUAUACUUCAUAGUUCAACAAUGAACAUCAGCAUCAAAGAUGACAGUAUCUGUACGUUAUGAAUGGCAAAAAUAAAUUUUAUUGGCCAAAAUA